AUGGAUAACGUGAACGAGCGUCAAAUGCGCGAACACUGGGACACCAGCCUCCUGGGGGCCCAGUUCUGGCAAGAUGCGACGAGACACGCUGAUGAGCUUGCGAGAAAUGAGACACAAGCCCUAACUGCCCCGAGCCACACUCAGUCGCCUUCUAGGGAACCUGUUCAGACUGCAGUCACAAGCUCUCCUGAACAGAGUCCAAACAAGAAGAAAAGCCGCUUUCAACUGUCUCGGCUUGCUUCUUUGAAUAAUCUGCGACUCCGGAAUACCGCUCAACCCUCCCCCACAGGGACUGAGACCACGAACUCUCCCGGAAAGAGUCCCGGGAAGAGUGAGAAGAGCUCAAAGAAAAGCAGUCUACGCCUUCCAAAGCUGCCAUCAUUCAAAUCUCUCAGUCUCAAGCGCCGAGGCGCUAUCCUUGCAUCAACUGAAGGGAUUGUUGAGGUCCAAAAGCCCACCCGUCCUUCAAUCCUGUCUCCGUCCACUUUCCUUCCCCCCGAUUCCCCUCUUCCUCCCAUCCCCCCCACCUCCCCAGCUCCUAACCAGCUCAGCGUUAUCAGUUUCCAAGAGUGGCUUGAGCAGGAAAGUGAACGUCGCCCUGAAACUGUGCCCACUCCUCACCCAGAUCGUAGUUCUCGGAUCAGCUUAUUGGUCCACCUCAAUAAUGGCGGCAAUUGGGAUGAUAUCCCCCGCACCAAGUCGGUCCUGGAACUGAACAUGUUUUUCGAUGUUCGCAAGGUCUCCCCCGAGAGCCUUGUUGAUCCCAAUGAUGACCAGAAUAUCGAGAAAAGUGCCGUGACUGAAGGGGUCAUGGUCGACAAAGCUAUGAUGACUGGCUGCAACCUCAAGUCCUCCGUCAAAAACAAAAUUGCCAUGGUCGACAAGGCCACCAUGACUGACUUCGACAUUGAGAGCUCUGCUACCAACAAAGCCACCACGGCUGAACUUGACAUCGAGGGUUCUGCCACCUACAAUCUGCCCACCGACAAGGGCACUGCUGAGACUGACGUUAACAUGGAGAGUGCCACCAAGGAGCUGACCAUCAGCGGCCAUCUGGCGACUGCGAAGGCCACCGCUAAGAAUGAUGGUAUUACCAAGUCUGUUGAAGCCACCAUGGCUGAGCUUGAUAUCAAGGGUUCUGCCACCGACAACCUGCCCACCGACAAGGGCACUACUAAGACCGACGUUAACAUGGAGAGUGCUACCAAGGAGCUGACCAUCGGCGGCCAUCUGGCGACUGACAAGACCACCGCCAAGAAUGAUGAUACUACCAAGUCUGUUGGUACCGAUAAAACCAUCUCGAAGAAAUCUGCUGCCGAGCAAGCCACCAUUGAGCAGGCUGGCAUCAACACCAAGUGUGCUACCGAGAAUGAGACAUCCAACGACAACCCUGCGACUGACGGAUUCAUGAUGGAUCUCGACAGCGAGGGCUCUGUCACCAUAAGUUUGGGCACCGACACCAAGAACGCGAAAGGCAAGGCCGCUGUCCACGACUGGGACCUGGAUGGUCCCAGUGCGGUCAGCGAGGAAGAUGCCGCGGAGCUAGAGGAUGAGAUCCAAAUCACCCUUCUUACCCUGGAACAGAUGCGGCCCUUGACCCAGUUCCGCAACCUGCGCGUGCUAAAGCUGGUUGGCAUGAUGAAGUCCUACCAGCCUGUGAUCUGGCAGGUGGUGUGGUUGAACCCCCGGCUCGUCACUCUCGAGCUGGAAAUGGCCGUGGGUCUUGACAUUGAGAAUCCUGUGGGACCAAGUGGCUGGAAACCCAUCACGAACGGAUGGGUGAUGAACGUUAAGUCAUGGGCCCCGCCCGUUUACUAUGGCCAAGGCGACGGAGAGAUCAGCACCAAGAUCGGGUACGGCGAGUACCUCGACAAGUACUGCAUCGAGAAGGCAAAGGUGCUUGCCCGCAGCACCGGGUUCCCCGUUCCCCCCUACCUGCCGGUCAAGCAUCUCACCUUGACCGGCUUCGCCGUGGACGGGGAUGCCUUCGCGAUGUGGUUCCGGAACCUCGAGGGGGUUCACUUCAAGAAGGACUGCGUCGACUGCGGUUUCUGGCUGUCUCGCGCCCAGCGAGACGUCCGAGUUCGUCACUCGGACCAGUUCGGAGUGGCCCGCGGCGAGGCCGGGCCCUCCGGGGCCACCUCCAUCGAGCUCGGCGAGGAGACACUUGCCGAGCUCACCGCGGCGGUGGAAGGCCUGCGGGCCUAG